UAAAAUGAGGUCAUAAUGACACGCAAAGGAAUAGAACAAACUGCUUUUAAAUCCGAGUCCAGAAUUUUGGACCAGGCUACAACACAGCAAACCGCCCACACUAUGCAGCUGCAGAGCCUACAAGGCAAAAGGCCCUGCCUAGGUUCCGCCCCCGACCCGGCCGUGCCAGGCUCCGCCGUUGCGCGUCGAGAUCAUCGCUCUAGCCAGGAUUCGGUGUCGAUCUCGGCUCCCAUUGGAGACCCGGGCCUGACGAUGGCGGAGAAGACUCAGAAGAGUGUGAAGAUUGCUCCUGGAGCAGUUGUCUGUGUAGAAAGUGAAAUCAGAGGAGAUGUGACUAUAGGACCUAGAACAGUGAUCCACCCUAAAGCACGGAUUAUUGCAGAAGCUGGGCCAAUAAUUAUUGGUGAAGGUAACCUUAUAGAAGAGCAGGCCCUUAUCAUAAACGCCCAUCCGGAUGAUAUCAUCCCAGAUGCUGGAGACUCAGAGCCCAAACCUAUGAUCAUUGGCACCAAUAAUGUGUUUGAAGUUGGCUGCCAGUCCCAAGCCAUGAAGAUGGGUGAUAAUAAUGUCAUUGAGUCAAAAGCAUACGUAGGGAGAAAUGUAAUAUUGACCAGUGGUUGCAUCAUUGGGGCUUGUUGCAACCUAAAUACUUUUGAAGUCAUUCCUGAGAACACAGUGAUCUAUGGUACAGACUGCCUGCGCCGGGUGCAGACGGAGAGACCACAGCCCCAGACACUGCAGCUGGAUUUCUUGAUGAAAAUUUUGCCAAAUUACCACCACCUAAAGAAGACCAUGAAGGGCAGUGCCACUCCAGUGAAGAAUUAAGAGCUGUUCACAGCGAUGUUCUGUCUCUGCUGCUCUUUGAAAGGGCCCAGUGUUUGUGUGUCAGUAGUGGUUUGCAGAGCAAUACAGUUGAUUAAAUUUGUAAACUUCAGUCAAGGAGAGGGGUGAUGGCGUACCACUGUAACAGUCUUUCUCAUUAAUACAAAGAUCCUUGUUCCUGUUCUGAUCAUUUAUAGACUCAGUUUUCCUUUUUUAUACAAAAUGUUAGCCAUGUGUUUGUUAUGUAAAAGACUACCCAUGAUAAGACAGGGUGUAUUAUGUGUUCAUGUUUAAGUGUAUGCCAUAGUAACUAAAUAAAAGUUUGCAUUAACCUUCCCAA